AUCAUAAAACGGGAGACUGAAUUUGGGGUAGUCAUCUGAGCGGUGUUGGAGGGUGGAGGGUACAGUAUGGGAAAUAUAAUGAUGAAGGUUACCGUGUGGAUACUGAUACUAACGUUAGGAUUGAAAGUGGAAUGCAAUACAAGGAUAUGUACGCACUGCUGUGACGAAGUCUACCCCGGUGAAGGGACUCCAGUCUAUUACAUGACACAAGGGCCAAAAGGUGAUCAAGGCAAUGAAGGAAAACAGGGCAUUCAAGGCGAGAAGGGCGAAAUGGGCGAAGUCGGACCUCCGGGAAUACAAGGCCUCCGGGGUCAGAAAGGCGAAAAGGGGGAUACAGGUGACCCCGCCCCAUUGCCCCCAAGAUCCGCGUUCUCGGUUGGACGAAGUACAGAACUGCUUGGUAAUGAUACAAUGCCGCUGCCAUUGACCUUCGACAAGGUAUUUGUGAACGAGGGCAACGAUUUUGAUAAAGAAUCAGGUCGUUUCAUUUGUCAUCAUUCUGGGAUCUAUUUUUUUACGUUCACCGUACAAUCAUACCUUGAUAAAUACUUGGGAAUUACACUUAUGAAAAACAGCGAACCCCAGGUAAUCUUGUACGCCAACGCUGUACCUCGAAGGAUAAUGCAGAGCCAAAGCAUCAUGUUAAAAUUACGCAAAAGCGACAUCGUGUGGUUGAAACAAGCGAAAGGAAUUCGUUUCUCAAUUUACGGAAACAAGGAUAUGCAAAUCACAUUUUCCGGAUAUCUGGUAUAUCCCGACAAUGACUAAUAAGGGAAUUACAAGUUAAAUGCAAAGGAUGAGAAAUAUCUAGGUAACGUACUUUUUGGAUUUAAAGCAAAGUGCUUUUUGAACGAGAAAAAUUCGGACUUGCUUUGGAUAGUUCCAAAUAUAUAAGAAACCCAUUUACGAGAAUUUAUUUCGUCGUUUCCGCGAAUGGAUUUCCCGCAAACAGCAAAGGUAAUUUGAACUUUUUUCUUAUUUCCGUGAAACGUAUUUUCAUGUGUUGUAUGUAUACAGGGAAAAUCAUUUUUUUGGCGAGUAGAAAGGCAAAAUAAAAUAGCUUUGUCAAGCAUACAAAAAGUUAAAUUUACCUGAAAAAAAAAAACUGCAUAUCUGAUCAAUCCCGUGCAAUCAAGCAAAAUGUAAAAUGCAAUUAAACGCUUCAAAGGUGGCCUAAUGCUUAUGCUCUUAGUGCAAAAAUAAAUUGAUAAUUACUAACAAUCUUCGUAGAAUAUCGGACUGGAAUUUUUGUAUUUUGAGUGACAUUUUUUCUGUAAAUUUUUGCUUGUUUCACCCACUCAGCUUUUAAUGCGCCAAGACAUUUCGAAGUUUGUUUACAUCAUGAACCCGACGUGUCCUUUUAGGGUGGGGUUUCCCCAAAUUCGACCCCUCGUCUGGCGACCAAUAAUAUGCGAAGAACUGCUAUUUUUGAUAGCUCGUAAUCAUUCCAACCCAGUAAAUCUAUAUAUUAGGGCAUUAGGCCCUAGGUGGGGUUGUGUACAUGGGGACUCGUAAUCUUAGACUGUGGGGCUAUCACAGUUGGCCAAACGCUGACAUUUCAUUGCCUCAGCGGGUGAUAGUUCUGACACUGUUUGAAAUACUGUUUUAGAAAUCGAACCCAUAAAAUCAUUUCUAUAAUUGCAUUCGCCAUUCUAAUUAUAUAUCAUUACUAAUCUAUCGUAUUCUUUUGUUGUUUAUCAAGUUCUAAGCCUGAAAAAUCUUGCCUAUCAUCUUAUACCAGUCAACUUUUGCCUAUGACGCCCUCACAAUGUAUAUGAUAAUUAUCAUGUAUAAAUAACAAUAGCCCAAAACAUGGCCCUCGACAUAGCCAUAGUCCCAUGCAACUGUAAUUAAACAAUAUUGAGAAUCGUAUAUGGAAAUAUUAAUCUUACUAAUUAGAAUGAAAUCGGCACCGUCUUUCAGCGCAUUCGGGUAGAAUAGAAAACGGAUUUACAUUGAAGGGAACUAAUUAAAAUAAUGUGUUUUCUGGGUCAAUUUCGGCAUGUCUUGACCCAUCCAAAUGUCAUCUACUUCAUUUUUUCUCCAUUUGUUUGAAUGGUAAAAUGUUUACACCCCGAUAAUAUACGAAAUAUUCAGCACAAUUAUAUCAACACAAGAUUCAAAAUCACCGGCUUAUAUAUUUAAUGAUUAUUUUCGUAUAAUCCUACUAUUUAUCAUACUAAUCACUUCAUUUAUACCAAGCAUCAUUACAAAGAUCUUUACAAAAUGUGUUGUUUAUCUACUUUUAUGAUAUUAUUAUCAUUAUUUUUGGUGAAAACGGUGAAUUCUUUAAUUCUUUUACUAACUUCACAUUUAUUUGAGCAUAAUAUAUUUUCAAAGCUUAUAACACGAAUAUCAUCCAAAAAUUCCACUUUUUUCACUCUGAACCCGGGAAUAUUGAGAACGAAUCAACCCUUAUCCGAAAUUUUUGAUUUUAAUAAUGUAGACAUGGACCGGUAACAGGACGAGAAUGGUAACCGGACGAGAGGCCGUGGUUCAUCAUAUCAUUAAGCCGUCUUACCGGCUUCCUCUUCCCCGUAAUUAUAUUGGGAGAUCAUAUCCGAUACUUCACAAGUUUAGCAAAGUCUAUCACCCAUUAAGUAUUUCAAUAAGCUUAUAUUGGUAUAUUCCUAAAACUAUACUGGAUGAAAACCAUAUGAUUUCAUUAUAUUAUUAUUUUUUGUAUAAAAUGUUUAGUUCGUCGGAAUCUGUUCAUAAAAAUACGUCGAGACAAAUGCAAUUGCCAAUUAUAGCUAUACAUGUAGUCUUGUAUAUUCAGAACCUUAUAAUGUCAAUGGUGGGUUAGUAGCAAAUUUCAUAAUACAAUUAGAAUUGAUUGAAAUUACAUACUUAAUCACACAUGUCCCACACAUAAGUGUAUAUUUGCUCAUAUGGGCCAUAUAUGUUUAAAAUAGUAAUGCAUUCGAUUUUAAUUCUUAUGCGAGUGAAAGUAGCAUGAUUAUUGUAAUUGUAUAUAGUUUAAAUUUCGUAUAUUCAGAAGUACGUUGAUAACCGGAUCAAGUGCUAAAACCUUUAAAUCUCAGUGCAAUGUACUAAAAAUGAAAAUAAUUUUACAGUCCCCACUACUAUUUUGGCUGUCAUUUGAACAUCUGAACAAAUUAUUGCACCAUGUAAAUCAGGGGUGUGCAACCUGCGGCCCGCGGCCAAAUGCGACCCACAAUGGAAAAUUGUGUGGACCCUCGAAAAAGUGCUAAUUUCGAAUGAAUUUUAAUUUAAUCUGAGCAGGUUCGUAUGAGUACCUAAAUCCAAUCCCUUUGCGUCGCAAAGCCCAUACCAGAGUCCGAUUUAUUAUCUACGCCUAUGGUGUUACAAUCCCCUAAGCUUGUGCGAAGCGAACAACGCAUAUCAUAAGAUCAAUAACCAACAUUUUUACGCCUGCAACUAUUAUAAAAUGUUUGUUAAAUAAAGGUGCGGCCCGCAGUUUCACCCAGUUAUUUAUAUCUGGCCCUCCUGUAUAAAAGGUUGCACACCCCUUCGUACCAUUUUCAUAAUACUAAUAUAUGCCCAGGAAAAUGUUCCCGAUUCCGAAGACCAAAUUGAUAUUUUAAUUUUGUUAAUAAUACCAUACUUCAUUGUAAAUACCACUAACAUCUCUCACUAAGGCACUAAACAACCAACAAUUAUAGUUAUAGAAGACGUAAUAGCCAUUCCUGUGUUUUGCAAAGCUGCUAUAUUUUUUUUUUUUUCUGAAAACUGGAAAUCUAUCUUUGAGUAUUUUAUGACAAAACCCAGAAAGUUACAUCUACAUUAUAAUUCAUUUUGGAAAGAUAUUUUUUAUUAUUUUGCAUACCAUUUUUUCCAUAAUAGUACUUUGAAAAAAAAAUCCGAAAUGUUUUAUUUCUAUAAUUAUUCUAUAAUUUGCUAAUUUUUAACCAAUGUAAUUGAGACCGGGUUACACAGUCAGCAAUCUAUUUAUCCAAUUUUCUUUUUUUUUUCUGGGGUUGCGUCAUAAGCUAUUCGAAUAUAAAUUUCCUAUUUUUCUCAUUACACUAGUUUUUUUUUGUAAAUAACCAAAAUUUACCAUGCUUGUUUAUAUUCUACAUAAUCUUGUACCCAUCAUUUUUAAAAAUCCAAAAAUGCUGACUAUACAUAUAUUGUUACCAUGACGACCGCCCCAAUUAUUCCAGAAAAUUUUUUAAGUUGGGGAUGUACACACAACAGCAAAGUUUGAAGAGGUCAGUCAUGUGUAACGAGUUUGCAUUGUCAUGCAUCAGCGGUCGGGACAACGUGCAAUAUACGUUACGGCUUAACUCCGCGGACUUAAUGUCGAACGUACUUUAACUAAGACUUGUGUGUAUCAUAGGCAAGCAUUGGUAUUAUAUGUAUAUAUUGUUAAUGCUAUAUAUCAUUUUUUAUAAACAUGCUGGACAAUUAUGCACAGUAUUCAUCUGAAUUUAAUUUUAAAGAUGUUUCCCACCGCCUUUCCAUAGCAACACUCCCUAAAAUAAAAAAUUUCAUAUUUUCCGAGCCAAGCAGUGCUACACUAAUUUGGAAUGAUUUUGUUAAAAAAAAUUAAGCUGUAGCAUUAGUCCAUGAGUGGUAAAUUGUAUUCUACCAAUGUAACAAGUCAAGGAAGUAUAGUAAUGUUGUGUGCAAGAAUGUGGAGUGAGAAAAAAUUUAUGAUAAUUAGGACUCUCGAAAAAAUUCGGUACGGACUUCGGGGUAAAAAAUUUUGACACCAACUGCAGCUCUAAAUUCUGAGAAAUUCGACCCUGAUUAAAGGAGUAAUAUUUUGCUCUCAAAUUCAUUUGCCACUCUAUCCUAGUUUAUGAUAUAGCAGUUUAGAUAAUGUAGUGAAGACUGACGAAACUGUGUUUUUCAUUUGGCAUACAAUCAUCAAGUUAAUUUAAAAUCUGAUGAAUGUUAUGCAUAAUUCUCCAGCAUAAAUGCCUUACAAGAUGAAAUCCUUUUAUUCUGUUCUCAAAUUUGGUAAAAAAAAAACUUGAAUUGCAUUCCUCAUUAAUCUUUAAGAUGAACUCCGUUCUUAUUUAAAUUGGCUCAGUUCUAUACAUAUAGACUGAUUCUAAACAGAUAAUUUGAAACUUUCAAAAGGAUUUCUCCAUGUAAGGCAAUUCAUUUUCAUUCCCACUCUGCCUUAUACAAGCUCUUAAUAUGUUCCUACUCGUGUGCUACGAGCUUUAGAUAUUAGACUACUUUUCAUCUUUGUAUAUAUUGUAAAUAUUGCAAUAAACAGAACAAAAGUAUAA